AUGUAUCGUGUUUUGGUAUUCUCUUCGACUGUCAUGCGACUGGCCUCGUUGGUCGAGUUUGCUGUGGGAGAGUGUGAGCGAGCCUAUGAGUUCCAUAAUCCGAGUUCGGCUGGCAAUAAGAAGACUGCUAAGGAGGGGGAUGGUAUCUGGCCGGGGUCGAAGACGAAGAGCGACUGUUUUGCAUGGGCGCAGGUGAAUUAG